UAUUAUUAGGCACAAGGUAAGACCCCCCCUGACAGCGCAGCAUCUGGUUUGUUCCAUCGUUCGCCAUCUCUUCUCUCUCACACAUCAGCAUCAUCAUCAUCUGCAACCCCUAUCUUUCUCCCUCGAACCCACUGUACAUCUCUCUCUCUCUCUCUCGCUCUUCUUGGUCUUCAUGGAUCUUUCUCUCCCUAUCUCCACCUUCUAACCUCUCGGCUUCAGCCUAUCUUCUUCAUAAUUUGCUGAAUUGCUAAUUGUCUUAACACAGGAAGUCUUUUUGCUUUCUCUCCUGUUGUGUUUCCUCCUUUCUUCUUCACCCCUCCAUGGACUGAACCCUUUGCCAGUUCUCCGACUGCCCCAUCUCCCGUUUUCCUCCUCUCUUUCUUCUGACUGAGGUGAGCGAGCGAGAGAGAGAGAGAGAGAGAGAGAGAGAGGAAGGAGAGAAUUCAGUCCAACCCUGAGGUUACAAGCUGUGGUAAUAGAAAGUGGAAUCAUAACAGCUAGCAGAUUUGUCACUGCUCCAAAGUGUUGAGGAAGGUCGAAAGGAGAGAGGAGAGAGGAGAAUAGAUCCAAAGGCAUGCAGCAGCAAGGAGGGUCCAGAUACGGAGUGCCGCCCUGCGAAAUGACCCCGUUCUCGCCCGAGCCGCCCGCUUCCCGAGCACACCUGCUUGGAAUUCCCGGUCCCGAGCCGCUCCAAGAUCCGCCGCUGGCCGAGGCGCCGUCGCCCUUAAGCAGCCGCCCCCCGGCGGCGAAUUUCGAUGAACUAGCUCCCGGCGCCGCAGGAGGCAACUUUCCGGAGGACGAUGGCGAGGGGGGUGAGAGAGGCGGCAGUGGCGCGACCGGAAACCGGUGGCCGCGCCAGGAGACGCUCGCCCUGCUGCAGAUCCGCUCCGACAUGGACUCCGCCUUCCGGGACGCCACCCUCAAGGGACCGCUUUGGGAGGAGGUCUCCAGGAAGCUGGCGGAGCUGGGCUACAAGAGGAGUGCCAAGAAGUGCAAGGAGAAGUUCGAGAACGUGCACAAGUACUACAAGCGCACCAAGGACGGCCGCGCCGGUCGCCAGGACGGCAAGAGCUACCGCUUCUUCAGCCAGCUCGAAGCUCUCCACGGCGGCAGCAGUGGUGGCGGAGGAGGCGCCACUGGCAUGGUGGGCCCACCCGCCAGCAGAGCUCAGCCUAUCUCUGCCGUAGCCCCAUCGACGCUUACGGUGCCCACUAGGGCGGUCGUCCCGGAGCCAACCCCUCCCCUUGGCCCGCAUGGAAUCUCCAGCUCCGCCGCCGUAGGUAUCAGCUUCUCGUCGAAUUCUUCGUCUUCUGCGUCGUCUGAGUCCGACGACGAGGAGACCGAAGAGGCCGGGGAGAGCCAGGAAGGGAGGAAGCGGAAGCGCGGCGGCGGGGACUCGGGAAGUAGCAGGAAGAUGAUGGCAUUCUUCGAUCGGCUGAUGAAGCAAGUGAUGGAGCGGCAGGAGGCCAUGCAGCAGCGGUUCUUGGAUGCCAUAGAGAAGAGAGAGCAGGACAGGAUGAUCCGAGACGAGGCGUGGCGGCGGCAGGAGAUGACGCGGCUCAACCGCGAGCAGGAGCUCUUGGCGCAGGAGCGGGCCAUGGCCGCGUCCAGAGACACCGCCAUAAUCUCCUACCUUCAGAAGCUAAGCGGCCAGACGAUCCCGAUGCCCACCAUGCCUGCUACCCCUGUGUCGCAUGCACCGCCGCCACAAUCAGCCGCACCUCCACGAAAGCCACAGCCUCCACCGCCGCCGCCGACGACGCAGCAGCAGCAGCAGAGACCGCUCACUUCGGUACAAUCACCUUCGAAGCAGCAUGUGGUUCAGAGUGACCACCACAUCACCGAGAUGGCACGGCAUCAGUCAUCAUCGGGGACAGAGCUCGUCCCCAAUACGGAGCCUCAGGAUGCAGAGGAUGGCGCAAACCUGGAGCCCAUGUCGUCGUCCUCGCGGUGGCCAAAGACGGAGGUGCAUGCUUUGAUCAACCUCCGGAGCGGUCUCGACUCGAAGUACCAUGAGGCUGGACCGAAGGGACCACUGUGGGAGGAGAUCUCAGCCGGAAUGCAGCGCCUCGGCUACAACCGGAGCGCCAAGCGGUGUAAGGAGAAGUGGGAGAACAUCAACAAGUACUUCAAGAAGGUGAAGGACAGCAACAAGCAUCGACCCGAUGACUCCAAGACCUGCCCUUACUUCCACCAAUUGGAUGCCCUCUACCGCAACAGGCUCCUCGGCAGUGGCAGCAACGUGGGCACUCAACGUCAGGAAGGCCAAGAAGUCAAUCCCGCUUCCAAUCAACAGCAGAGUGGCGCACCAAUGAAUCUGUCAUCAACGCCCCCUCUUCAUCAACCUGCCGCAGAGGCCGAAAGCAAGAACGAGAAGAACUGCAGCAAUAACAGUGGAUGCGAUGGGAAUUCUGAGGGUGGCGGCGGUUCAAAUGCCAUACAGGCACAAACUGGCAAUGGAGGACUUCCAUCGAGCUUCUUCGACGAAGGGUUGAAGAAGACAGUAGUCAUUGCGAAGGAGCCGAUGGGGCAACAGCAAGCUGCGUUCAAUGACUACGAUAAGUUAAAUGAAGCUGACAGCGACAACAUGGACAAAGACGAGGAGGACGACGAUGACGAUGAUGAGGACGGGAAAAUGCAGUACGAGAUACAGUUCCAGAGGCAGAACGUGAGCGCCGGCAGCGGAGGAAACACGUCCACGGCCACUGCGGGCUCCUACUUGGCAAUAGCUCAAUAGAUUUGGUAUACCGAAAGCUCUCGAUCUUCUACCUUAACCACCACUGCAAGCAUCAGAACUACUAUAGCGUGUUGCAUGCUCGACAUCAAACAGUUGAUCGAUGACGACGACGUCGACACAUAUCAUCUCCUCAAUCCAUCCAUUGCUAUUCGUUGAUUUGUUUGUGGAAUAAGAACCCUCUCAGGGUCAACGGUGGGGACAAAAAUCAGCACGAAGGCACAGACAGCAUUCACCAAGGGUAAAGAAGAGUCCAUAAGAGAGAGAGAGAAGUAGAGACAGAGAGAUGAGGUGAAAUGUGUACAUGGCCUGUACAUUGAAUUGCUGAAACCAGGGGAGUCUGAAGACGAUCCUCACUGUCUCUACAUCUCAAUCUUUUCUCUUUCUCUUUUCCUUAUUGACAUUAUUGAACCAUUGUGAAGGUCUCCAGUAUUGGUUUGUAUAUGGAAUGUGACAGUGUAAAUUCCUA